GGGCUGUCAUUCUCGGCGCGGGUCGCCGCCCUCAGCUGCGCCCGGCGGUUCCGGCUCCUCCCUCUCCCGCCGGCUCAGCUCCACCAUGGUGCUGGAGUCGGUGGUCGCGGACCUGCUGAACCGUUUCCUGGGGGACUAUGUAGAGAACCUGAACAAGUCCCAGCUGAAGCUGGGCAUUUGGGGCGGUAAUGUGGCGUUAGAUAAUCUACAGAUAAAAGAAAAUGCUCUGAGUGAAUUGGAUGUUCCUUUUAAAGUCAAGGCUGGUCAAAUUGAUAAAUUAACUUUGAAGAUUCCUUGGAAGAACCUUUAUGGAGAAGCAGUUGUUGCGACCCUAGAGGGAUUAUACCUGCUUAUUGUUCCAGGAGCAAGUAUUAAAUAUGAUGCUGAAAAAGAAGAAAAAUCUUUGCAAGACAUUAAACAGAAAGAGCUAUCCCGAAUUGAAGAAGCUCUUCAAAAAGCAGCCGAGAAAGGCGCACAUUCAGGGGAGUUCAUAUAUGGCUUGGAAAACUUUGUUUACAAGGACAUCAAGCCUGGACGUAAGCGUAAAAAGCACAAAAAACAUUUUAAGAAACCUUUUAAAGGUCUUGAUCGCUCAAAAGAUAAACCAAAAGAAGACAAAAAGGACACAUUUUUGGAAAAAUUGGCAACUCAAGUAAUUAAAAAUGUACAAGUAAAAAUCACAGACAUUCACAUUAAAUAUGAAGAUGAUGUCACUGAUCCAAAGCGGCCUCUUUCGUUUGGUGUCUCACUGGGAGAACUUAGUCUAUUGACUGCAAAUGAACACUGGACUCCGUGCAUAUUAAAUGAAGCUGACAAAAUUAUAUACAAGCUUAUACGACUUGAUAGCCUUAGUGCCUACUGGAACGUAAACUGCAGUAUGUCUUACUAUGGAUCAAGGGAACAGAUCUUGGAUCACUUGAAAAGUGAAAUUCUCACAAGUAACAAUAUACCCCCCAACCAUCAAUAUAUUUUCCAGCCAAUAUCAGCCUCUGCAAAACUCUACAUGAAUCCUUAUGCAGAAACAGAGCUGAAAACACCCAAACUUGAUGGGAACAUAGAAGUACAAAAUAUUGCCAUUGAACUGACCAAGCCUCAGUAUUUAAGUAUGAUUGACCUUUUGGAGUCAGUGGAUUAUAUGGUUAGAAAUGCCCCUUACAGGAAAUACAAACCUUAUUUACCACUUCAUACCAAUGGUCGACAAUGGUGGAAAUAUGCAAUUGAUUCUGUUCUUGAAGUUCAUAUAAGAAAGUAUACACAGAUGUGGUCAUGGAGUAACAUAAAAAAGCACAGACAAUUGCUCAAGAGUUAUAAAAAUGCCUACAAAAACAAGCUAACCCAGACUAAAGUCCCAGAAGAAAUACAGAAACAAAUUCAGGAUUUGGAGAAGACUCUAGAUGUUUUUAACAUAAUUUUAGCAAGGCAACAAGCGCAAGUUGAGGUGAUUCGGUCUGGGCAAAAAUUAAAGAAAAAGUCUACUGACACAGGCGAGAAACGUGGAGGCUGGUUUAGUGGGUUUUGGGGUAAGAAGGAAUCUAAGAAAAAAGAUGAAGAAUCUUUGAUUCCUGAAACUAUUGAUGACCUCAUGACUCCAGAGGAAAAAGAUAAGCUCUUCACGGCUAUUGGUUAUAGCGAGAGCACCCACAACCUAACUUUACCCAAGCAGUAUGUUGCUCAUAUAAUGACACUGAAGUUAGUAAGCACCUCUGUUACAAUAAGAGAAAACAAAAAUAUUCCAGAAAUACUAAAAAUUCAGAUAAUUGGCUUGGGCACCCAAGUAUCUCAGCGACCAGGAGCACAAGCACUUAGGGUUGAAGCAAAAUUAGAACACUGGUAUAUAACAGGUCUGAGACAGCAGAAUACUGUACCAUCACUUGUGGCUUCUAUUGGUGAUACUGCAUCAUCCUUGCUUAAAAUUGAAUUUGAAACCAAUCCAGAGAAUAGUACUGCUGACCAGACUCUGGUUGUUCAGUCUCAACCUGUGGAGGUCAUCUAUGAUGCUAAAACCAUUAAUGCAGUGGUUGAAUUUUUUCAGUCAAAUAAAAGAUUAGAUCUUGAGCAAAUUACAUCAGCUACAUUGAUGAAGCUGGAGGAAAUUAAAGAGAAGACAGCCACAGGGCUUACACAUAUUAUUGAAACUCGAAAAGUCCUUGAUUUAAAGAUAAAUCUGAAGCCUUCUUAUCUAAUAGUUCCACAGACAGGUUUCCAUCACAAAAAGUCAGAUCUUCUCAUUUUGGAUUUUGGUACAAUUCAGAUUAACAGUAAAGAUCAAGGUUUGCAGAAGACUAAUAAUUCAUCUCUGGAGGAAAUAAUGGAUAAGGCAUAUGACAAGUUUGAUGUUGAAAUAAAAAGUGUGCAAUUACUCUUUGCAAGAGCAGAGGAAAACUGGAAAAAAUGUCGAUUUCAGCAUCCAUCAACUAUGCAUAUUUUGCAGCCUAUGGAUAUUCAUGUUGAGUUGGCCAAAGCAAUGGUAGAAAAAGACAUUAGAAUGGCCAGAUUUAAGGUAUCAGGAGGGCUUCCUUUGAUGCAUGUGAGAAUUUCUGAUCAGAAGAUGAAAGAUAUAUUAUGUUUGAUUAACAGUAUACCGUUGCCACAGAAAUCAUCUGUACAGUCUCCUGAGAGACAGGUAUCCUCAAUUCCUGUUAUUUCAGAUAGGACAAAAGACCUACUUGGGACAUCACUGUUGCUAGAUGGAGUGGAAUCAGAUUCUGAUGAUGAGUAUUUUGAUGCUGAAAGUGGAGACACAGAGACUGGUAAAAUUAUGAAAGGAUCAGAACAAAAAAAAGUUGCAGAGGCCCCAAAUGAGGAGCUCAUUAAUCUUCUACUAAAGUUUGAAAUUAAAGAGGUGAUUCUGGAAUUUACCAAACAACAGAAAGAAGAAGAUACAAUUCUAGUAUUUAAUGUUACUCAGUUAGGAACAGAGGCUAUAGUGAGACCAUUUGAUUUAACUGCAGUAUCUUAUCUAAGGAAAAUCAGCUUGGAUUACCAUGAAAUUCAAGGAUCCAAAAAGAAGCCCCUUCACUUGAUUAGCUCUUCUGACAAACCUGGAUUAGAUCUUUUGAAAGUGGAAUAUAUUAAGGCUGAUAAGAAUGGGCCCAGUUUUCAAACUACUUUUGAAAAAACUGAACAAACAGUUAAGGUGGCUUUUUCAUCUUUAAAUCUGUUGCUGCAAACACAAGCUCUUCUCUCUUCUAUUAAUUACCUGAUAGCCAUUAUUCCAUCAGAUGACCAAAAGAUGGGUGAUACCAAGGAAGUACAAAUUUUGACUGAAAAGCAACAAAAAAAUUCAGCUGUGCAGAAAGUGAUUGUAGCUUCUAAAGAUAGUGACAUUAUUGACUUCAGGCUGUUUGCCAAAUUGAAUGCUUUUUGUGUCAACGUUUGUGAAGAGAAGACUAAUAUUGCUGAAAUCAAGAUUCAAGGACUCGAUUCCUCCCUUUCUCUUCAGUCAAGAAAACAGUCUCUAUUUGCCAGACUGGAAAAUAUUAUUGUCACAGAUGUUGAUCCUAAGACAGUUCAUAAAAAGGUGGUGUCAAUAAUGGGAAAUGAAGUUUUCCGUUUUAACUUGGAUUUGUAUCCUGAUGCUACUGAGGGGGAUUUCUAUACUGACAUGUCCAAGGUGGAUGGUGUGAUAUCACUGAAUGUUGGCUGUAUCCAGAUUGUCUAUCUUCAUAAAUUCCUCAUGUCCCUUCUGUAUGCAUGUAUAUCAAUUGUAUUUUUUAUUAGGACAGUGAUCCAGCCUGGCAUCUCCCAUCCUGAUAUUCAGCUGUUGCACCCGAUUAACUUGGAGUUUUCAGUAAAUCGGAAUCUAGCUGCAUCUUGGUACCACAAGGUUCCUGUUGUGGAAAUUAAAGGACAUCUUGAGACAAUGAAUGUUAGUCUAAAUCAAGAAGAUCUUAAUCUUUUAUUUAGAAUACUAGCAGAAAAUCUUGGUGAGGCUACUGAAGACCUGAAUAAAGUGAAACCAGGAAUACAAGAGACAGGUGAAAUUAAAGAGCCACUUGAAAUCUCUACAUCACAAGAUGUACAUAAUUCACAAGGUACAGCUGGAGUAGAAGAAAUUAGAUCUGUAGACAUCAUUAAUAUGCUGCUGAAUUUUGAAAUCAAAGAGGUUGUGAUUACUUUGAUGAAAAAAGCAGAAAAGAAAGGAAGGCCUUUAUAUGAACUAAAUGUGCUCCAGCUUGGAGUGGAAGCUAGGGUUAAAUCCUAUGACCUAACAGCUGAAACUUAUCUAAAAAAAAUUAGUAUGCGAUGCCAUGAGUUUACUGACUCUAAAGGAGAACCUCUUCACAUUAUUAACUCUUCUAAUGUAACUGAUCAACCCCUUCUGAAAAUGUUAUUGACAAAGGCAGACAGUGAUGGACCGGAAUUUAAAACUGUUCAUGACAAUACUAAACAGAGACUGAAGGUUUCAUUUUCAUCCUUAGACUUAGUACUUCAUUUGGAAGCUUUACUGUCCCUCAUGAGUUUUUUAUCGUCUGCUAUUCCAUCCUCUGAACCCUCUGAGAAGGAGGAAUCUGAGCUGAAACCACUUGUGGGGGAGUCCAGAAGUAUCAUUGUCAAAGCUGUAUCCAGCAACACUUCUGAAAACGAUGUGUUUGACUUAAAGAUUAUAGCUGAAUUAAAUUCAUUUAAUGUCCUGGUCUGUGAUCAGAAGUGUAACAUUGCAGAUAUUAGAAUACAUGGAAUGGAUGCCUCUAUGUUUGUGAAACCAAAGCAGACUGACAUGUUUGCCAGACUUAAGGAUAUAAUAGUUACGAAUGUUGAUUUGCUGUCUAUUCACAAAAAGGCUGUCUCUAUUUUGGGAGAUGAAGUCUUUAGGUUCCAAAUGACUCUUUAUCCGGAUGCCACAGAAGGAAAGGCCUAUGCCAAUAUGUCUAAAGUAGAUGGCAGACUUAGUCUCAAAGUGGGUUGUAUUCAAAUUGUUUAUGUUCAUAAAUUCUUCAUGUCUCUUUUGAAUUUCCUCAACAAUUUCCAAACUGCCAAAGAAGCUUUGAGUGCAGCUACAGUACAGGCUGCAGAAAGAGCUGCUUCCAGUAUGAAAGACUUGGCUCAAAAGAGUUUCCGCCUUUUAAUGGAUAUAAAUUUGAAAGCACCAGUCAUUAUCAUUCCUGAGUCUUCAGUAUCACCUAAUGCUGUUAUAGCAGAUCUGGGCUUAAUCAGAGUUGAAAACAAAUUUAGUUUAGUUCCUAUGGAACAUUCUCUUCCCCCAGUCAUUGACAAAAUGAAUAUCCAGCUCACUCAGCUGAAGCUCUCCAGAACUAUCUUGGAGGCUGGCUUGCCACAGCAUGACAUUGAAAUUUUAAAACCGGUCAACAUGCUUUUGUCUAUACAGCGAAAUUUAGCAGCAACAUGGUAUGUGCAAAUUCCAGGAAUGGAGAUAAAAGGAAAACUAAAACCUAUGCAGGUUGCUCUCAGUGCAGAUGAUUUAACAGUUUUAAUGAAAAUUUUGCUGGAAAAUCUUGGAGAAGCUUCUUCACAGCCAAGCCCUACACAGCCUACCCAGGAGGCUGUAAGAAUAAGAAAAGAUGUUCUGAGUGGACCUGACCACCUCAAAGAACAAGAUUUGGCAGACUCAAAGCUUUCUAUGGACCAGAAUGUCACUCUCCAAUUUGACUUUCACUUUGAAUCUCUUUCUAUUGUCCUUUAUAACAAUGGCAUCAACCAGGAAUCCAAACUUUCAUGUCAUAAUGACAGUCUCCGGCUUGGUGAACUCAGACUACAUCUGAUGGCCUCCUCAGGGAAGAUGUUUAAAGAUGGCUCAAUGAAUGUUGGUAUUAAACUUAAGACAUGCACCCUUGAUGAUCUUCGAGAAGGCAUUGAAAGAGCAACAUCAAGAAUGAUUGAUAAGAAGAAUGACCAAGAUAACAGUUCUAUGAUUGAUAUAAGUUACAAACAAGACAAAAAUAGAAGAAGUCAUAUUGAUGCUGUUCUUGACAAGCUGUAUGUAUGUGCCAGUGUGGAAUUUCUGAUGACUGUGGCAGAUUUCUUUAUCAAAGCCAUGCCUCAGAGUCCAGAAAGUAUGGCAAAAGAAGUACAGAUUCCACUCCGACAGACUUCUACAGCAAAAGUCAAGAUAGAGAAAGAUGAUGCUAUAAGACCAAAUAUGACUUUAAAGGCCAAGAUCACAGAUCCAGAAGUGGUAUUUGUUGCCAACCUGACAAAGGCCGACGCUCCUGCUCUGACAGCCUCUUUCCAGUGUGACCUUUCUCUCUCGACAUCCAAACUUGAACAGAUGAUGGAAGCUUCUGUGAAAGAUCUUAAAGUGCUUGCUUGCCCUUUUCUCAGAGAAAAGAGAGGAAAAAACAUUACCACAGUGUUACAGCCCUGUUCUCUAUUUAUGGAAAAAUGUGCAUGGGCUUCAGGAAAACAAAAUAUAAAUAUUGCAGUUGGAGAAUUUAUAAUUAAGAUUUCACCCAUAAUUCUUAAUACUGUGAUGACAAUCAUGGCUGCUAUGUCUCCAAAGACAAAAGAAGAUGAAUCCAAAGAUAUAUCUAAGGAAACGGAAAAUCUUUGGGGUGUCAAGUCUAUUAGUGAUUACAGCUCUUGGUUUCUUGGUGUUGAUAUGGCAACAGAAAUAACAGAAAAUUUCAAAGACACUGAACAUCGAUCAACAGAGGAAAAUUGUACUGUUAUUGUAGAGUCAGUUCAAGUUACCUUAGAAUGUGGACUGGGACAUCAGACUGUACCUUUAUUAUUGGCAGAGUCAAAGUUUUCAGGAAAUAUUAAAAAUUGGACUUCCUUAAUGGCUGCUGAUGCUGACAUGACUCUAGAGGUUCACUAUUACAAUGAGGUCCAUGCAGUUUGGGAGCCACUGAUUGAAAGAGUGGAGGGGAAGAGACAAUGGAAUUUAAGGCUUGAUGUAAAGAAGAAUCCAGUCCAGGAUAAAAGUUUGAUGCCAGGAGAUGAUUUUAUUUUUCUCCCUGAGCCACAAACAGCAGUUCAUAUUUCUUCAGGAGAUACAAUGAAUAUAACGAUAUCCAAAACUUGUCUUAAUGUUUUCAACAAUUUAGCAAAAGGCUUUUCAGAGGGCACUGCUUCUACUUUUGAUUACUCUUUAAAAGACAAGCCUCCUUUUACAGUAAGAAACGCUCUAGGUGUUCCCAUUAAGGUACAACCCAAUCAUAACCUCAGAGUAAUGGGCUCCGCUGAGAAAAAUGAUAUUUAUGAUGUUGAUGCUGGUCAGAAUUUGGAAUUAGAAUAUGCCAGAAUGGAGUCUUCAUGUCAAGGGAAACGAUCUGUAUUGACCCGUCAAGAAAGCUCCUUCUUCACUAUGACCUUUGUACCUUACGGAUAUACAGAAGUUGCAAAAAUCCCUAUUGCUAGACCUGGUCGGCAGUUGUAUAAUGUACGGAAUCCCAAUGCCAGUCAUUCUGACUCAGUGUUGGUGCAGAUUGAUGCAGCUGAAGGGAAUAAAGUAAUCACCCUUCGCUCUCCUCUUCAGAUUAAAAACCAUUUCUCUAUUGCGUUCAUCAUCUAUAAAUCUGUUAAGAAUGUUAAGCUAUUGGAGCGUAUUGGAGUAGCAAGACCUGAAGAGGAGUUCCAUGUUCCUUUAGAUUCAUAUAGAUGUCAAUUGUUUCUUCAGCCAGCUGGUAUCUUAGAGAAUCAGUAUAAAGAAUCCACCACUUACAUUUCCUGGAAGGAAGAACUUUACAGGAGCAGGGAAAUCAGAUGCAUGCUGCAGUGUCCAUCAGUAGAAGUCAACUUCUUACCACUCUUAGUCAAUACAGUUGCUCUGCCUGAUGAAUUAAGCUAUAUAUGUACACAUGGGGAAGACUGGGAUCCAGCUUAUGUUAUUCAUCUUUAUCCUACCCUCACUUUGCGGAAUCUUCUCCCAUAUUCCCUGAGAUAUUUACUUGAGGGAACAGCAGAAACACAUGAGCUAGCAGAAGGCAGUGCUGCUGAUGUUCUACAUUCAAGACUCAGUGGAGAAAUAAUGGAAUUAGUUCUGGUGAAAUAUCAGGGCAAAAACUGGAGUGGACAUUUCCGUAUAUGUAAUACCCUUCCCGAAUUUUUUCUGGUGUGUUUUACUUCUGACUCCACAGAAGUGAUGACAGUCGAUCUGUCAAUACAUGUCAGACGAAUUGGCAGUCGGAUGGUGCUAUCUAUCUAUAGUCCCUAUUGGCUAAUCAACAAGACUUCUCGGGUUCUCCAGUAUCGUUCAGAAGAUAUUCAUGUGAAACAUCCAGCUGAUUUCAGGGAUAUUAUUUUAUUCUCUUUCAAGAAGAAGAACAUUUUUAGUAAAAACAAGGUACAAUUAAAAAUUUCAACUAGUGCCUGGUCCAGUAGUUUUUCAUUGGAUACAGUGGGAAGUUAUGGGUGUGUGAAGUGUCCUGCCAACAAUAUGGAAUACCAGGUUGGUGUUAGCAUCAAAAUGAGCAGUUUUAAUCUUACACGAAUAGUUACUCUUACACCCUUUUGUACCAUUGCAAACAAAUCAUCAUUAGAACUGGAAGUUGGUGAAAUUGCAUCUAAUGGCUCAAUGCCAACUAACAAGUGGAACUAUAUUGCUUCUUCAGAGUGCCUUCCAUUUUGGCCUGAAAAUCUGUCCGGCAAACUUUGUGUGAGAGUGGUGGGCUGCGAAGGGUCCUCCAAACCGUUCUUUUAUAACCGACAGGAUAAUGGCACUUUAUUGAGCCUAGAAGACCUGAAUGGGGGUAUCUUGGUGGAUGUAAACACUGCUGAACAUUCAACUGUCAUAACCUUCUCUGAUUACCAUGAGGGAUCUGCACCUGCCCUAAUAAUAAACCACACACCAUGGGAUACCCUCACCUAUAAACAGAGUGGGUCACAGGAAGACGUGCAAUUGCUGCCUGGACAAGCUCGACUUUUUGCCUGGGCAGAUCCUACUGGUACCAGAAAACUUACAUGGAGAUAUGCAGCAAAUAUUGGGCAACACAGUCUGUUAAAGGAUGAAUGUGGACAGUUUCCAUAUGAUGCAAACAUCCAGAUACACUGGGUGUCAUUCCUAGAUGGGCGCCAGAGAGUUUUGCUUUUCACUGAUGAUGUUGCCUUGGUUUCCAAAGCACUGCAGGCAGAAGAAAUGGAGCAAGCUGAUCAUGAAAUAACCUUUUCUCUUCACAGUCUUGGGCUUUCACUGGUUAACAAUGAAAAGAAGCAGGAAGUUUCAUAUAUUGGGAUAACCAGUUCUGGUGUUGUUUGGGAGAUGAAACCAAAACAGAAAUGGAAGCCUUUUAGUCAAAAGCAGAUAAUCUUACUGGAACAGUCCUAUAAGAAAUACCAAGUAGCUAAAGAACAUGGCUGGAUUAAACUUGACAAUAAUUUUGAGGUCAAUUUUGAUACAGUUCCAAUGGAAAUGCGUCUCCCUAUUCGGUGCCCUAUAAAGCGAGAUUUUUUAUCAGGAAUUCAGAUUGAAUUUAAGCAGUCUCCUCACCAGAGAAGUUUACGGGCCAGGUUGUAUUGGCUUCAGAUUGAUAAUCAGUUACCAGGUCCACUGUUCCCUGUUAUAUUUCAUCCUGUGGCCCCUCCAAAAUCCAUUGCUUUGGAUUCAGAGCCCAAACCUUUCAUUGAUGUGAGUGUCAUCACAAGAUUUAAUGAGUACAGUAAAGUCUUACAGUUCAAGUAUUUUAUGGUCCUAAUUCAGGAAAUGGCCUUAAAAGUUGAUCAGCAGUUUCUGGGAGCUAUACUUGCACUGUUUACCCCAACAACUGACCCUGAAGCCGAAAGAAAACGGACAAAGUUAAUCCAGCAAGAUAUUGAUGCUCUAAACACAGAAUUAAUGGAGACUUCACUGACUGAUAUGUCAAUUCUUAGUUUCUUUGAACACUUCCAUAUUUCUCCUGUCAAGUUGCAUUUGAGUCUGUCUUUGGGUUCUGGAGGUGAAGACUCAGACAAAGAAAAACAGGAAAUGAUUGCAAUUCAUUCUGUCAAUCUGCUAUUGAAAAGCAUAGGUGCUACUCUGACAGACGUGGAUGACGUUAUAUUCAAACUUGCUUAUUAUGAAAUUCGAUAUCAGUUUUACAAGAGAGAUCAGCUCAUGUGGAGUGUCGUUAGACAUUAUAGUGAACAGUUCUUGAAACAGAUGUAUGUCCUUGUAUUGGGCUUGGAUGUACUUGGAAACCCAUUUGGAUUAAUCAGAGGUCUGUCUGAAGGAGUUGAAGCUUUGUUCUAUGAACCCUUCCAGGGUGCUGUUCAAGGCUCUGAAGAAUUUGCUGAGGGGUUAGUGAUUGGGGUAAGAAGUCUCUUUGGACACACAGUAGGUGGUGCAGCAGGAGUUGUGUCUCGAAUCACUGGUUCUGUUGGAAAAGGUUUGGCAGCAAUUACAUUGGACAAGGAAUAUCAGCAAAAAAGAAGAGAAGAGAUGGGUCGACAGCCUAAAGAUUUUGGAGACAGCCUGGCCAGAGGAGGAAAGGGCUUCCUGCGUGGAGUUGUUGGUGGAGUGACUGGAAUAAUAACAAAACCUGUGGAAGGUGCCAAAAAGGAAGGAGCUGCUGGAUUCUUUAAAGGAAUUGGAAAGGGGCUUGUAGGUGCUGUGGCUGCUCCCACUGGAGGAAUCAUAGAUAUGGCCAGCAGUACUUUCCAAGGAAUUCAGAGGGCAGCAGAAUCCACUGAGGAAGUGUCCCUCCUCCGUCCCCCUCGCCUGAUCCAUGAAGACGGCAUCAUUCGCCCAUAUGACAGACAGGAAUCUGAGGGCCAUGACUUAUUUCAGAAUCAUAUGAAAAAGUUAGAAGGAGAGACUUACCGAUACCACUGCUCUAUUCCUGGAACCAAGAGGACAAUCUUUAUGGUUACGAAUAGGCGAGUGUUGUAUAUAAGGGAAGUUGAAAUCCUCAAAAUUAUGUCCAUAGACUGGCAGUAUUCAUUUGAAGAUUUUGUAUUGCCUCCUACUGUCAGUGAAAAUCUGCUAAACAUUUCAGUUAAGGAUCAGAGUCUGUUCCACAAAAAACACAGUGCCAAUGAAGGCUAUCUCCAGAAAAUUUACCUGCAGGAUACUACCACAGCAGAGAGAGCACGUCGUGCCAUUGAGGAUGCACAGUCAACGCGAUACCAGCAGACACUGAUGAAGCGAUCGUCACGGAAACGUCUCGGGCCUCAAAUGCCACUUUAAUCGCAGAUCUCAGGGGACUGCCACUGGGAGGAGAGCCAGUCAUCAGUCUCGUCCACACAUCACUCUUCUGUAUCUUACUAAAGAGACCUUUCAAGCAACCUUUAGUUUUAGAAUUUCUAUCUAGAAUAGCUUAUAUUGGGUUUUCCAUUUUUUUCCCCUUUAGUUUGAUUCUAAUUUUGUAACCAUGUGUCAGUAAUCCACUCAACUUUACCAUCUGUAUGGAUCAGACUCUCAAAGAAAUAUCAUUUUAAACUCAGAAUGAAAUUUUCAUUAAUGUUAAAAUUGUGAAGCAAAGGGGUGUAGAUUUGUUUUUAAUUAAAGUCCUCACUGAAGAAUAAGAAACGAGCUUAUGAAGAGUAAUGUUAUUUGAGAGGUUUUGGACAAACCUUUGAACAAAUAUUGGGUAUUUUGUUUAAGGGUAAUUUGUUCAAUAACUGAACAGAGAUAACAUUUUUGGUAAACUAGGUAAUUGACUGAAGAAAAGCCGCUAAAGGGAGAGAUGACAUUUCCUAUUUUCUUUUGAUGAAAACAUAUUUCUCCUAAUAAAAACGUGUUUUACUCUGGUGUUUGCACUGUAAUUUUUCUUGCUUGCACUAUAAUGUAAAGACAUGGAAAAUCAAACCUUAAAAUAUCAAUACUCUUCUCUGUACUGUAACAUGCACAAAGUUUUGAAAACUAAAUACAUGCUCUUUCAGGAUGAAUUUAUAUGGCACAAUUAUAUAUGGCACAAAAUAUUGCACUUUAAGUUUUUGAUAGUUAGAAAUAUGAAAAAUUUAAUAUUUUUAUAUUUCCAGUAAUUGUUUUUUAUAAGUUGAAAGAUUUUUAAGGGCAUCAUAAAUUAACAUUUAAUUGUAAUGGUAUUAGGAAGAAUAAAAUCUCUCUAGUUGCUUUAUAUAUAAGUAAAAUAAGGCAUAUAUAGCAACAUUGUGGAAAAUAAUUGGUAGUUGUAUUGUUUGAGGGAGCAGGCCUAUGAGAAUCAGUUCAAUACAAUAUUAUUUUUGUCCAUUCUUAAUCUCGCUUAUGCUGAUUAGAGAUAUACUGACGAAAGCUUUUUAAAAAUUUUCAAAAGUACUUAAUUUCCUUAGAUGAACCUUUAAAUUUGCUCAUGGUUUUAAACAUGGCAUUUAUUUCAAGUCCCUGAAUUGAUGAAAUGGAGAUAUGGGCUCAUUUGGUUUGCUCUGUUUUUGUUGAUGUGUGGUAAUAUUUCUACUAUCUUUAAUUCAUGUUUUUUAAGACUUGCCUUAAAGCUUUAAAAUUUUUCCCUAAUUAUUGUUUUCUGCAUACUCCAAAAAAAAGAGGAUAUAAUAACUAAUCUCCUAAACAUUUGAUCUCUCAUACAGCAUAGUGGUCUUUGCCUUUUCAACAUCAUUAUUUUUUUUUCCCGUGAAGAAAACUAUCAUGUGUAAAACUUUUAGGUUUAAACAGAAUUUCUUUAUCAGUGUUUAAUUGCAGUUUAUUAAAAGGAACAUUACAAACAGAAUUUCAUAGGAAGUAUGCUAGUAUUGUGUCUUUAAAACUGAGUUAAUCAGGAAUUUGAGAUAUCUAAUUAUUUUUCAUAUGAAUCAUAGCUAUUGACAAUGUCCUAAAUAUUUAAAAAAUUGUAUUGAUGGCAUGUACAAAACAUUGAACUAAGAAAAAUUUAUAGACACUUAUACAUUCAUCAUCUCAAGUUAUUUAGAAAAUAAAUUUUCAAAUAUUUAUAACUUUGAUUUAGUCCUCUGGGACAGAAAUAAUUCAUUGGUAAAGUGUAAUAAUGUCUUUUGUGUUUUUAAAAUGCUUUGAGAAUUAAUUCCUUGCAUAUGAACUACUGGGAGAAAUAAAACAUUUGGUACAUUGUU